CAGAAAAAAGACAAGAAAGCGUCACGACUCAAUCCCACCCCGCAUUCCCCAUUUAUGAGUAUAUGAAUCCCGGUCGACGAGGAUGUCUCCGCGAGUCGAUAACGGGCUGCUGGAGAAUGGGGAUGGGUACCUGUGGCAGGGCGUCAAGCCCGAGGUGAAAGGACCACCGCCGCACAUUCGCGCGAUCCGGGGCUGUCUUGAUGUCCUGCGGCCGGCGUGGAUGAGCAAGCCGGGCGCCGGGCGUGAGAGCGGCCUGAAGCAGCAGCAGCAGCAGCAGCAGCAGCAGCAGCAGGGACAAUCACCACCGCGCCGCCGGACGGCAUAUCUCGACGGGGUAAGGGGGUUCGCGGCACUGCUGGUGUAUUGCAUGCAUCACCAGCUGUGGGCGCACGACAAGUUCGCCUCGGAGCAGAUCCUAGAGAACGCGUUUGGGUACGAGCGACGGCACUACUUUGCAUGUCUGCCGGGGGUGCGGACGUUCUUCAGUGGCGGGCAUUUCGCCGUCAGCGUCUUCUUCGUGCUGUCGGGGUAUGUGCUGUCGACGAAACCGCUGAGCCUGAUACAUGCGGGCGAAUACACCAAGCUGAACGACAACCUGGCAUCGGCGCUGUUCCGACGCUGGCUGCGGCUGCAUCUCCCCAUUAUGAUCACGACUUUCAUCUACAUCACCUCGUGGCACUUGUUCGGCUACCGGGCGGUGCCCGAUCCGCAAGGGUCGUACCGCGACGAGCUAUGGAACUGGUACGUCGAGUUCAAAAAUUUUACCUUUGUCUUUCGGACCGGGGGUGAGCCGUGGUUCACGUACAACUUCCACACCUGGUCGAUCCCCGUCGAGUUCCGGGGCUCGAUCGUCAUCUACACGGCGCUGCAGGCGUUCAGCCGGUGUCGGCGCAACGCACGCCUGGCCGGCGAGGUGGCGCUGAUCGUCUACUUCCUCUACAUCGCCGACGGCUGGUUCUGCGCGCUGUUCAUGGCGGGCAUGCUCCUGUGUGACCUGGAUCUGCUGGCGGCGCGCGACGCGCUGCCCCCGAUCUUCUCGCGCCUGCAGCCGUACCGCGACCCCAUCUUCUACACGCUGUUCGGCGUCAGUCUGUACCUGGGCGGUGUGCCCGCCUCCAACUUUGACCUCACCACGCUGCGCCAGUCGCCCGGGUGGUACUACCUGUCCUUCCUGAAGCCGCAGGCCGUCUUCGACUUCAAGUGGUUCUUCCUCUUCUGGGCCGCGACCUUCCUGGUGGCCAGCAUCCCCCGCCUGCCCUGGCUGCAGCGCUUCUUCGAGACCCGCUUCAACCAGUAUCUCGGCCGCAUCUCGUACGCGUUUUAUCUCGUCCACGGGCCCCUCCUGUGGACGGUCGGCGACCGGCUGUACGCCGCUGUCGGGUGGGAACACGAGGACUCUGCCAUCAAACUGGCCGGCUGGUUCAACCGGCUUCCCUUGCCCAAGCGCGGACCCUUGGGUCUUGAGAUCAGCUUCCUUUUGCCUCAGCUGGUCCUGCUACCGCUGACCCUCUGGAUGGGAGACAUCGCCACCCGUCUCGUAGACGAGCCAUGCGUGCGCUUCACCCAGUGGCUGUACCGGAAGACCUUGCCAAAGUCGGCUGCUUGAAAUUCAGUAAUUCAAGAAGGAAACACCUUGAUCGAAAUAC